GCUCGAAGAUAAAUCUAAACCGGUAGUAGGGCAUGAUCGUUGAGUUUUAAUUGAAGAAGAUCACGAGUUGUGAGAACGAAGAGCGAAUCGAGUGAAGAUUCGAUUCAAUGGGGGUCGAUUAUUACAAGUUACUUCAAGUUGAUCGAAGCGCUAAAGAUGAAGAUUUGAAGAAAGCUUAUCGCAAACUCGCCAUGAAGUGGCAUCCCGACAAGAACCCUAACAACAAAAAAGAAGCAGAAGCCAAAUUCAAACAGAUCUCCGAAGCUUACGAUGUACUAAGCGAUCCUCAGAAGCGAGCAAUCUACGAUCAGUACGGAGAAGAAGGUCUAAACAGACAGGCUCCGCCUCCUGGUCCCGGCGGGUUUCCUGGUGGUUCAGACAGAGGGGCUUCGUUCCGGUUCAACGGUAGAAGCGCUGACGACAUCUUCUCUGAGUUCUUUGGCUUCUCGAGACCCUUUAAUGGCGACCCGCGCGGUGCAGGUCCCCCUGGUGGUGGGUUUAGGUUCGCUGAAGACGUUUUCUCGUCUUACAGGUCCGCUGCAGGAGAAACCUCUAAUGCUGCUCCACCGAGGAAAGCUGCUCCAAUAGAGAGACAGCUUCCUUGUAGUUUGGAGGAUUUGUAUAAAGGUAUCACUAAGAAGAUGAAGAUCUCGAGGGACGUUCUUGAUUCUAGCUGGAGACCGACAACGGUUGAAGAGAUCUUAACGAUAGAGAUCAAACCAGGAUGGAAGAAAGGGACAAAGAUAACAUUCCCCGAGAAAGGAAACGAGCAGAGAGGAAUCAUACCGUCAGAUCUCGUAUUCAUAGUCGACGAGAAGCCGCACGCUGUGUUCAAGAGAGACGGGAACGACCUUGUGAUCACGCAGAAGAUCCCUCUCGUGGAAGCGCUCACGGGGUACACCGCUCAGGUCACGACUUUGGAUGGGAGAACGCUAACGGUUCCGGUCAACAACGUUAUCAGCCCUUCUUAUGAAGAGGUUGUGAAAGGAGAAGGCAUGCCUAUCCCUAAAGACCCGUCGAAAAAGGGAAACUUGAGGAUCAAGUUCAAUGUUAAGUUCCCUUCGAGGCUAACGACAGAGCAGAAGUCUGGAAUCAAACGGAUGUUUUCGUCUUGUUAGAUGAUGUCUCUGUACUCUGUCUGCUACAUUUGGGGUUUCAGGUGUGAGUGGUUUGUGAAAUCAUUAACUAUGUAGCUUUCACUUGGCAGUUAGGUUUCUCAACACAGCUUUUGGUUUUGGGUUUUAGUUUUUUUAUUUUAUUUUUUUGUUUGCUUAUAAGUUGUUAUUAGACUGAAUAAAAGAAGAACUAAGUUUAGGUU